GGUCGAAACAUCGCUCUAAAACAAAAUACCAGUCAGACCAGUACUUCCUUACAUGGAAACUCUUAUGAUUAUUCGAGAUCAGAAAACGCUGUAGAUGGCAACACCGAUGGUUCCUUUCGCCAGAAAAGUUGCACACGCACCGACAGCCAGGGUCAAAAACCUUCUUGGACUGUGAGGCUCUCUGGACAUCAUGUAGUGAACAGAUACAACAUUUACAACAGAAAAGGUGGUCAAUAA